UUUGUAAUAAUAUUAUAUAGGUACAUACCCUACGGUAUUCUAUUGGUGUUGAAUCAAAAAUGGGAAAAUUAGUGAAAUGCUAUUUUUAAACCUCAAGAGUCGCGGUGUUGAUAAAAUGUUAUUUACAUCCUUGGACAUUUGAGUCUUUACUAUAAAUAGAUAAUAAUAAAUACUAAUAUUGUAUUGUUGUACUGCGAAGGUACUUGUUAGUUGUCACUUCUCACUUCUUAUUAGUCUUUCCCCGUAUUUACAUUAUUGAUGGUUGAUCAAUGAUCAUUACCAAUUUGGAUUACCUACUUGCCAGUACAUUGUUUUGAAACCUAACCGAUUUGUCGCUAGAUUUUUGUCCACCACGAACCUAAACAGUGGAUACACCUUAAAUCUGUGCUCGGUGUCUACUACAAUCCGUAUCAUGAGAUGCGUACAUUAGAAACAAAAUUAAUGAGGACUGAGAAAUUCGGUAAACCGUAAUCAGCUCAAGAUGAAACUCUACCUGGAUGAAACGUGUCGAGUGAACUUCCCAGGCGACGUCAUUAACGGCAUACUCUGCGUACGAGAAUGCUUUGAUUUCGAUAUUGAGCCCAGGAUAAAGGUCACUGGAUUCACGUGUAUAUGGAAACCGGGUCUCGCAAAUACUGUGGUGACCGAUGGUGAAAUCGACGAAUACUCUGUGUUCUUCAACGGCAUGGCAGUGCUGAGUAAAGAAGAUGACACACAUACGGAUACGGCUAAUCUGUCACUGAUCGACGAAUUAGAAGGAUAUUCCAAAAUAUUUAAGUUCCACAUUGUUUUGCCAAACAAUUUGCCACCAUCGCAUGAAGUCCCAUUUGGUCAUACAAGGUACAAACUAGAAGUGCAAUAUAAUGGUUUAACCACUCUAGACUAUUUUAGUGUAAACCAAUGGGUUGGUCUGAACAAACGUAAUGACGCUUCCGUUAAACGUGCAACAUUCUUUGUGCCAUUCUACGCACUUUGCCAAUCAAUUGAGAUGAUAUUAAAUUUAAACCAGUCAUAUUAUUUACCAGGUGAAACUGUUCAUGUGAUAGCUAUGAUACAAAACAAUUCUAGGACAGAUAUAAUUUUCUCUAAAAUACUCAUUGUUCAGAUUACCAAGUACUGGAAGACUCAUCAUUUAUUACCAGUAAAACAUGUCAGAGUAAUUGCAGAAGGAAUACGAGGAUAUAUAUUUAGUGGAAAUAAACAAAUAUGGGAUAGUCAUCCUUUAAAAUUACCAGCAAUUAUUCCGACUACAAAUACAUCCAACAAUCCAUUUAACUAUUUUGAAGUGAAGUAUAAAAUUAAGAUGCUUAUUAAAUUGAAGAAUUCAAAUAAGAGAAUAGUGUUAAAACAAAAUUUAUUUAUUGGUAAUUGGGAUAAAAGUAUCGCUACCAAUGGUAAACGGUUUUUAGACAUACUGCAAAAUAAUUGUUCGACUUAUGAGGUUGGUGUUAAAGAAUGUCCUCUAAUUAAAGCGGAAAACAUAGAUUUUAUACCAAAGUAUAUGAUUUAUGAGAAAAGUCAAGAAUAAAAUAAACCAAAUUUGUUAAAUAUAUUGUAUAUUAUUUAUAAUAGAAGGACACUAUUAUGUCAAAGCAAUUUUUACAUUAAUUUUGUUAUAGAAAAAUAAAUAAGGAUUACUUUUUU